AUGUUAAACUCUAAAGUUAUGAGAUUCAAAUCCACUCUUUUCUUCUUCCUAUUCACCAUCCAUGGAGCACUUUCAUCUCCUCCAGCAGAUCCAAUUAAAUGUUCAUCAAACAACACCAACUGCACCAUCACAAACGCCAUCGGUGCAUUCCCCGACCGAACCAUCUGCAAAGCCGCCGAGGCUAAGUAUCCUACCUCGGAGGCAGAACUCAUAUCAAUAGUCGCAUCAGCUUCAAAAAACAACCAAAAAAUGAAAGUAACAACGCGAUACUCUCACAGCAUACCAAAGCUAGUUUGUCCCGACGAUAACGGAAUUCUAAUAAGCACAAAAAAUUUCAACCGUGUAAUAAGAAUAGACCGGGAAUCAAUGACAAUAACUGUUGAGAGUGGUGUGACAUUGAGACAGAUCAUUAGUGAAGCUGCAAGAUAUGAAAUGGCUCUACCAUAUACACCAUAUUGGUGGGGUUUAACUAUUGGUGGAUUACUGGGUACAGGUGCUCAUGGAAGUACGUUGUGGGGUAAAGGAAGUGCUGUUCAUGAAUAUGUCACACAUGUUAGAAUUGUUAGUCCUUCAGGAUCUGAAGAUGGAUUUGUUAAAGUUCGAAAUCUUGACGAAUCUCAUGAAGAUCUUAAUGCUGCAAGAGUUUCUUUAGGAGUUCUUGGAGUUAUUUCUCAGGUUACCUUACAAUUACAACCCAUCUUCAAACGAUCUCUUACAUAUUUAACAAAAAAUGAUUCUGAUUUAGGUGAUGAAUUAAUCACUUUUGGAAGAAAACAUGAAUUUGCAGAUGUAUCAUGGUAUCCAAGUCAAAAAAAAGUUGUUUAUAGAAUCGACGAUCGUGUCCCUUUAAAUACAUCUGGAAAUGGUUUAUAUGAUUUCAUAGGAUUUCGAUCAACAUUCUCACUUGCAUUACAAGUUGUUAGAGCAGCAGAGGAAAUUCAAGAAACUUUAAGCGAUGCUAUUGGGAAGUGCAAUAAUGCAAAGUUGAUUUCUGCAACACUUGCUGCUUCUGGUUAUGGAUUGACUGAUAAUGGAGUUUUUCUUGGAUACCCUGUUGUUGGAUUACACAAUCGAAUGCAAUCAUCUGGAACAUGUUUGGAUAGUUUGGAGGAUCUAAUGAUCACGGCUUGUCCAUGGGACUCGAGAAUUAAGGGAGAAUUCCAUCACGAAACAACAUUUAGUAUUUCUUUAUCGGUUGUUAAAAAUUUCAUUAAAGAUAUUCAAGAACUUGUUGAGUUGGAGCCAAAAGCGCUAUGUGGUCUAGAACUAUACAAUGGAAUCCUUAUGCGUUAUGUUACAGGAUCAAGUGCAUACUUAGGAAAAACAGAAGAUGCUAUAGAUUUCGACAUUACAUAUUACCGUAGCAAAGAUCCAUUAGCUCCUAGACUUUUCGAAGAUAUAAUUGAAGAGAUAGAACAAAUUGGAUUGUUUAAAUAUGGAGGGUUGCCCCAUUGGGGAAAAAACAGAAAUUUAGGAUUUAUGGGAGCAAUCAAGAAGUAUAAUAAAGCAACUAAGUUUUUGAAGGUUAAAAAAGAGUAUGACUCGCGAGGACUUUUCUCUAGUGAGUGGACAAACCAAAUUCUUGGACUUAAAGAAGGGGUGACAAUAUUGAAAGACGGUUGUGCAUUAGAAGGAUUGUGUAUCUGCUCACAAGAUAGUCAUUGUGCACCCAAAAAGAGUUACUUAUGUAGACCAGGCAGAGUCUUCAAGGAAGCAAGGGUUUGUAGGCAUGUUGUUAAAACUAAAGAGAAAAAUGAUACGAAGAAUGAGCUCUAA